AUGGGGAAGAAGCGAACCCAUGCCGAGACCAAGGAUGGCUUUACGAAGCCUUCUCCGGAUAAGAGUCGGAUGAGCGUGAAAAACGACAAGAAGGACGGCGCGCGAAACGACAAGAAGGACAAGCGCAAGGAUGGCGACGACAAGAAGUCGCGGUCGCAGCUGUUGCUUAAGCCGCAGCCAGAAUGGCAUGCGAUAGAGUUGCCAGAGCUUCCAAGCGUCGAUAAUCCUACGAUCCCGCCCCGUUACAUCAUCGACGCCCUCCACGAAUAUGCUAUCCAGCUUCUCGACACAGAGGCUAAAGAGUAUGCAUCGUCGCACUUGGCCAAGGACUCGUCGCACAAGUUCAUGGCGACCGUCAUGGACUCUGGUACGAUGGAGGAUAAGGUAUCCGCACUGACCUUGUUGGUUCAAGAGUCGCCGCUGCACACGCAGAAGGCUUUUGGACAACUCAUGGGUCUAUCGCAGAAGAAGAGCAGGAACGCUGCCAUGCAGGCUUUGGCUGCGCUGAAGGAUCUGCUAGGUCAGGGUGUUCUGCUGCCCCCGGACCGAAAACUCAAGGCUUUUGCGCGACAGCCAGGCUUAACCGCUGCACUGCAAGGAAAGAAUGUGCAGUGGAAAUCAGGCGAUAAGCUACCAGGUGCUCUUCAGAAGACUCACUUGAUCGUGUGGGCAUACGAGGAUUGGCUAAAGAAACAAUACUUUGAGCUGCUGAAGAUCCUAGAAACCUGGUCCAACGACGAAGUCGAAUACUCGCGCAACCGUGCUGUCACAUAUGUCUGGGAGCUAUUGAAGGAGAAGCCGGAACAGGAAGAGAACCUUUUGCGUCUGCUCAUCAACAAGCUUGGAGACAAGGAAAAGAAGGUUGCAUCGAGGGCAUCUUACCUGCUGCUCCAACUCCAGAUUACGCACCCGCUCAUGAAGAACGUCAUCAUCAGCUCCAUCGAAUCCGACCUCAUUUUCCGACCGAACCAGAGCGGCAUCGCCAAGUACUACGCCAUCAUUACUCUCAACCAAACCGUUCUUAGCGUGAAGGAGCCCGAAGUUGCCAACAAGCUUCUGGAAAUCUACUUCAGCGUCUUCCUUGGUUUGCUGAAGAAGCAGAGAGAGCAUGAGAAAGAAGAGAAGAGGAUAAACAAAUAUGGACAUGUCCAAGGAGGCGGAGGUCAGCCUGGAAAGAUGGCCAAGCAAAAGGCUGAAAAGGCGGCUACCAUGGCCUUCAAGGUUGAGGACGAGUCACGAGAGAAGCUGAUAUCCGCCGUCUUGACGGGUGUCAAUCGUGCCUUCCCAUUCGCCAAAACCGACGACGCAAAGUUCGAAGAACAGCUGAACAUGAUCUUCGAAGUGACGCAUUCUUCCAACUUCAAUACCAGCAUUCAGGCCAUGACACUCAUUCAGCAGAUCUCCGCGACGAAGCAUUACUCUGCGGAUCGCUUCUACCGUACUCUGUACGAAUCUCUUUUGGAUCCACGACUUAUGACAACUUCAAAGCACAUCAUGUUCUUGAACUUGCUGUAUCGCUCUCUCAAGGCUGAUACUAGCAUCAAGCGUGUCAAGGCUUUCGUCAAGCGCUUACUCCAGAUCAUCCACAUGCACGAGCCACCUUUCAUCUGCGGUGUCUUGUACCUCGUCAAUGAGCUGAUAGUUACCUUCCCGACCAUCAAGUCCAUGUUGUCGACGCCAGAAGACCAUGCCGAUGACAGCGGCGACGAGCACUACGAGGAUGUUGAUGAGGACAAGGAGCCAACGACUAAGAAGGAGGAAGAAAAGUCUGCACAGGCGACCUAUGACUCCCGAAAACGGGACCCAGAACACGCGCAUGCUGAUCUGUCUUGUCUAUGGGAGCUACUACCGCUUCAGGCACAUUACCACCCUUCUGUCCACGUCCUGGCCUCCAAGAUUGUCAACCAGGAACCCAUCAAGGAGAAGCCUGACCCGACUAUCUACACUCUCAUGAACUUCCUCGACAAGUUCUCUUUCCGCAACGCAAAGACAAAGGCUCAAGGUGUUCACGGUUCCUCGAUCAUGCAGCCUAUGUCUGGAACUUCCAAGGCCGCAUCUUAUCUCAUCACCGCCCGCGACGGCGACCGCACGCACGACCCGCUCAAUUCCGAGCAGUUCUGGCGACGCAAGGUCGACGAUGUCCGUGUCGAUGAAGUCUUCUUCCACACAUACUUUGAGAAAGCCGGCAAAGCCAAGCAAGUUGACAAGAAGACGAAGAAGAAGGACCGCAGGAAGGAUGACAGCGAGGACGAGAGUGGUGAUGAGGAUGAAAUCUGGCAGGCGCUCGUCAAGAGUCGUCCGGAUGUUGAAGGUGACGGAGGUGAUGACGAUGACCUCAGCGACUUCGACAUGGACGACAUGAUGAGCGAUGAUGAGGCUGGAGGCAUGGAUGGUGGUGUCGAACUUAACCUUGGCAGCGAUGAUGACGAGGAUGUUGAUAUUGAUGAGGAUGAGGAAGAGGCUACUGGUGGCCAGCAUGAGGCAGACGACGACGACGACUUUGAGAACUUCGACCUGGACGACGAGGAUGCCUUCAUGGACAGCGAUGCCGAUGUUCCAGUGGAAUUGAACCUAGAAGGCGAUGGCGGUGAAGACAAGGAGGGCCGCAAGACCAAGAAGAGGAAGCUCAAGAACCUGCCCACUUUCGCAUCUAUGGAUGACUACGCGAAGCUUAUCGGCGAUGACGAUAGCGAGUAG